AUGCUUCACCAUAAAUCAUAUCUCAAACGUGGUCGAGGUGGAAAAGCUUUUAAAGUCGUAAAAGAGCACUAUCUUCGAGACGAUAUUUGGUGCUCAAUUGAAUGCUGCACAAUGUGUUCUCAUACUGAGCCGAUAUUAAGUUCUUCUCCAGCUUUUACGAAACUUGUUUUGAAACCUCAUUAUAUAGUUCCGGAUACUAAUAUUUUAAUUAAUCAAAUUGAUAUACUUGCGCACCCAGCUUUAAAGGAUAUUAUUAUUUUGCAAACUGUUUAUGAAGAAUUAAGACAUUUAAGUUUACCUAUCUAUAAUAGAGAAACUUUCAUUGAACGAGCGAAGGAUGAAUCACCAAAUGAUAGAAAUGAUCGAGCUAUAAGGUCAGCUGCUAAAUGGUAUGCAACUCAUGUUAAACAAAUCAAAGAUAAAGGAAAAGCUCUUGAAGUUGUUCUUUUAUCGGAUGAUGUAGAAAACAGACAAAAAGCUAGGCAAGAUGGAAUAUUGGCUUAUUCAGUUAAAGAAUACGUUGAAGGAAUGAAUGAUACACCAGAAUUAAUUGAUAUGCUCGGGAAUGUUUCUAUUUCUGAUAACAAAGAUAAAAAAUUUGUUUAUGAUGCUGGAUCUAUUCAAAGUAUUAUUGAUGGAGUUGAAACCCAGAUAAUGAUACUCGGAAGACCAAAUUUAAAUAGGGCUAUACAAGGAGAUGUUGUUGUUGUUCAGCUACUUUCAAAGUCCGAAUGGCUUAGAACUCCAACUGCAGUAAUUGUUGAAGAAGAUGAAGAAAAAAAUUUAUUUGAGGAAUUACAAAAAGCUGACGAGCUUAAAGAACAAUCCAAAGAUAUAGAUAAUGAAUCAUUCGAAGCACCUCGACCUACUGGAAAAGUUGUCGGAAUUAUCAAGAGGAAUUGGAGAUCGUAUUGCGGAUUCAUUAACAAACAAUCUGUUAAAGGCUCCAAUACAUCAACUUUGUCAGAAAAUGUGUCAGUUUAUCCUAUGGAUAGGCGAAUCCCAAAAAUAAUUAUAAGAACUAGGCAGGCUCAGAAUUUAAUGGGUCAAAGGAUAUUGGUCGCUAUUGAUUCUUGGCCAAAGGAUUCCACGUUUCCAUUAGGGCACUUUGUUAGAGCACUUGGAAUCGCAGGAGACAAAUCUACCGAAACAGAAGUUUUGCUUUUAGAACAUGAUGUUCCUCAUCAAAGCUUCUCUCAGCAAGUCUUGAAUUGUUUACCUCCUGAAGGUGAAUCAUGGAUAGUUAGGGACGAACAUUUACAGGGACGAGCUGAUUUAAGAAAUCUGAAUGUUUGUAGUAUUGAUCCUCCUGGCUGUACGGAUAUUGAUGACGCGUUACAUGUCAGGUUGCUACCAAAUGGAAAUUAUGAAGUUGGCGUUCAUAUUGCGGAUGUCACAUUUUUUGUUAAACCGAAUACUCCAUUGGAUGAUGAAGCGGCCUCACGUGGAACAACAGUUUAUUUGGUCCAAAAGCGUAUUGAUAUGUUACCAGAAUUAUUGGGAUCAAAUUUAUGUUCUCUCCGAGAAAAAGUUGAUAGACUUGCAUUUUCAUGCAUAUGGGAAUUAAAUCCAGAUGCGGAAAUUAUCAAUGUUUCUUUUACAAAAAGUGUCAUUUCAUCAAAGGAAUCUUUUACGUACGAAGCAGCACAACUUCGUAUUGAUGACCAGCGCUUGAAUGAUGAUGUUACAAAAGGCCUUAGAAUUUUAAAUGGAUUGGCUAAAAAACUUCGUGCACGUCGUAUGGAACGCGGUGCAUUAACACUUGCGAGUCCUGAAGUUAAAUUUCAAUUAGAUCAUGACUCACAAGAUCCUGUUGAUGUGGAGAUGAAAGAAUUGAGAGAAACCAAUGCACUUGUUGAAGAAUUUAUGUUGUUGGCUAAUAUAUCUGUUGCUGAAAAGAUACAUCAAAAGUUUACCGCUACAUCAUUAUUAAGACGGCAUCAUCCACCGGUUACAUCUUUGCUUGAACUUUUGGUGAAGGCUAUUUCUCAUUUAGGUUUAACACUACAUUAUGAAACAUCAAAGGCUCUUGCAGACUCGUUAGAUGAAGCAUUGUUACCUGGAGAUGCAUAUUUUAAUAAGCUAUUAAGAAUAUUGACAACGAGGUGUAUGACACAAGCCGAAUAUUUUUGUUCUGGUACCACUUCAGAAAAAGAUUUUAGACAUUAUGGUCUCGCUUCAGAAAUUUAUACUCAUUUUACAUCACCUAUUCGAAGAUAUUCUGAUAUAAUUGUACACCGAAUGUUAUAUGCAUCUGUAGAUCAUAAUGCAACAUAUGGUAGAGUACUUAUAGAUAAAGAGAAAAUUCAGCAACUUUGUGAAGUAUUAAAUUAUAGACAUAGAAUGGCUCAAAUGGCAGCUCGAAGUUCUGUUGAGUUGCAUACAAAUAUUUUUUUUAAAGGAAAAACCGAACAAAACGAAGGAUAUGUCAUCCGUAUAUUAAAGAAUGGAUUCGUUGUAUUAAUACCAAGAUAUGGCAUAGAAGGAAUUGUAUAUUCAUCAUCGGCAUCGGGUAAAGCAAAAAAAGUUUCAACAGAUUUAAACUCAGCACCUUUGAUUGUUUAUAAUCCACAUAAUAAUUGUCUAGAAAGUGUUAUAGAUGGUAAGGUUAUAAGUAUUAAAUUAUUUGAUAAAGUAAUAGUACAAAUAAGUGUAAACGAAGAUUUAAUUGGGGGUGGAGAAGGAGGUAUGAGACAAAAAUUAAAAAUGGAAUUAGUUCAACCAUUUUUGCCUGGGUUAAGUGUAUCUAAUGAUAAUGGUGGAUCUUUUAAAACGUAUAAAGAUGAUAAUGAAAAUAUUGAAGAUAAAAAUUAUAAUAGAAAAAAAGAUAAAAGGGAGGAUAUUAAUGGAGGAAGAAAAAAAAAAUUGAAAAUUUAA